CAGAGAAACGUCGAGAUCGGCCGCGUCGCGCUGUGCAACCUCAAGGCGGACGCCCGAUAUGGGAAGCUUUUGGUGAUCGUCGAUAUCGUGGACAUGAACAGGGUGCUCGUCGCGGCUCCGGGUGUCAAGCGCGACGUGAUCAGCCUUCGUCGAGUGGCGAUCACGGACAUGAAGGUUGACGUCGAGCGAAAGUGCGACGAGGCGGCGCUCGCGGCGGCGUGGAAGAGCGCCGACGUCGAGGGCUCUUGGGCGAAGAGCGCGUGGGGCAAGAAGAUUGCGCGACAAAACGCGCGCGCGAAUCUCACGGACUUUGAACGAUUCAAGGUUGCGCUCGCGCGCACGAAGCGCAGCGCUCUCAUCAAGAAGGCGCUCGCU